AGAAUUAGAAUAAACAUGUGUUGUAUUUGAUAAAAAUUGAACUUUGACUGAUAGGCGAGAAGAUUGUUAACUGCAAACGUCUGUCAUUAUCACCGUUUUCUUGGCCGUUACUUAAAAACACGUCGAUACGCCGGCUUAUUUACUCCCGCGUUCAGCUUUGUACGAAACUGACGCUACCCCCGUAUUAGUUAAGUAUUCAAUAUGUAUAAAUUGUUUAAAAAAGGAGGUGUAUCGCGUUAUACUGCUAAUUAUUUGAAACGUUUAAGCAAUGAGAGGUACUUAGCGACGAAUCCGAGCCAAGAUGUUGUUUCUUCGGCGGAUGUUGUCAUUAUUGGCGGAGGUAUAGCGGGAUGCAAUACUCUGUACCAACUUACUAAGCGAGGCGUGAAUGCUGUCCUUCUCGAGCGAGCCAAAAUAACCAGCGGGACGACAUGGCACACAGCAGGCCUAGUGUGGUCGUUGCGCCCUUGCGACCUCGAAGUAAAGUUGCUGCAAGACUCUCGCAGAGUAUAUGAAAGUUUGGAGAAGGAAAGCGGCGACUACGCUGGUUGGAUUAACAAUGGCGGCAUGUUCAUCUCGCGCAGCAAGGUGCGAACUCAAGAAUACAUGAGACUGCACACGCUCGGCAAGGCGCUGGGUAUCCCUAGCGACGUGCUGGACCCACAUGAAGCACAGAAGCUGUUCCCCCUCUUGGAUCCGAAGGUCUUCGAGAUGGCGCUCUACUCCCCGCUGGACGGGACCAUCGACCCUGACAUGGCGUGCCGAGCGCUGAUCAAAGUAGCUACUCGGAAUGGAGGAAAGGUGUAUGAAAACUGCCCGGUGCACGACAUACACUACUCUCACAACAUACUCGGCAACAAGGAAGUGACUGGCGUGCACACGGGUCAAGGCUUCAUCAGGACUAAGUGCGUCGUCAACUGCGGAGGUGCUUGGGGUCCGCGGGUGGCCCGUUUCGCCGGCGUGCCCGCGCUGCCGCUCAUCCCCUUCAAACACGCUUACGUCGUGAGCGAAGCCGUGCCGGAAGUGCGCAACUGCCCCAACAUCAGGGACCAUGACGUCAAUCUGUAUUUCAAGAUACAGGGCGAGAGUUGUAAUAUUGGUGGAUACGAGAAUAACCCGAUCGUGCUUGACGAGCUUUCGGACCAUCAACAAUUCCACCUUUACGACUUGGACUGGGACGUGUUCGGCGUGCACAUGGAGAGCGCGGCAUCGCUGUGCCCCAAGCUGGCCGGCGUCGGCGUGAAGAGCACGGUGUGCGGCCCGGAGUCCUUCACGCCCGACCACAAGCCGCUGCUCGGGGAGGAUCCUAACGUGUUCGGUCUGUAUCACAACUGUGGUUAUAACUCCGCUGGUAUGAUGUUCUCGGCUGGCUGCGGCAUUCAGAUGGCGGAGUGGAUUCUCACUGGCAGGCCCCAAUACAACAUGUUCACAUUCGACAUCCGCCGCUUCUCGCCCGCCCAGAUGUCGCGCUCGCACUGGGUCCGCGAGAGCAGCCACGAAGCCUACGCCAAAAACUACAGCGUGGUGUUCCCUAACGACGAGAAACUAGCAGGCAGGGACACCAGCCACGACGCGCUGCACCAGGAGCUGGUGGAGGACGGCGCCGUCAUGCAGAGCAGGGGCGGCUGGGAGCGCCCCGGGCUUUUCCUGCCCGGACAGAUUGUUCGCGUGCAGCAGUACGAUUGGUAUGGAAGCAACAACUACCCGAAGAACACAGAUACGCGCUACGAAGAGAUAGUCAAAGGGGAUUAUUCCUUCGACUUCUCAAAACACUUCCCUAUAAUCCAAGAAGAAGCCCUAGCGUGCAGAAACGGCGCCGCCCUGUUCAACAUGUCGUACUACGGCAAGUUCUACAUCACGGGGCCUGACGCGCAGAAGACCGCCGAGCUCGCGUUCACGGCUGAUCUGUCCAAGAAAGACGAUAAGGUCGUAUACACGCUGAUGUUGAACGACAAGGGCGGCGUGGAAGCCGAUGUCACUGUCAGCAUCCUGGACGGCGGCAGCGGGCAGCUGCACGAACCUGUGUUCAAGGGUCGCGGCUACUACGUGGUGACGAGCGGCUUCAGCGCGUCCCACAGCCUCGCGCAUUUACGAAGGAUCAUCAACACACACAAGCUGCGAGCAACCAUUACUGACGUCACCAAGCAGCUGUGCAUUCUCAGCGUGCAAGGCCCGCACAGCCAGAGAAUCCUUCAACGCUUCACCGACGCAGGUCUUUCGAACGACGCGUUCCCUGUGAGCACCCACCGCAGCAUCCACUUCUCGAAAGCGCCCCACUCCCCGGACAACAAGACUUACACGUGCCGAGCCCUGCGCAUCGGGUGGUCGGGCGAGCUCGGCUGGGAGCUGCACAUACCUUCAGCGAAUGCUGUCUCCAUUUAUAAGGCGUUGAGUCGCGCGCAUGGGUUGAACAACGCUGGAUGGAGGGCAUUGACUUCGCUCAGUGCAGAGAAAGGUUACCACCUAUGGAACGCUGACGCGAGGUCGGACGACAAUCCGAUAGAAGCCAACCUCGGGUUCGCGUGCCGCAAGGGCGGCAACUACAUCGGCAACGAGCAAGUCACCCGCGCCAGGCAGCAGGGAGUCACUAAGAAAUACGCUUUCUUCACACUGGACGACAAGGUUGCGCUAUUCGGCCAAGAAGCCAUAUUCAGAAACGGUGAACCGGUUGGUUACCUCCGGCGCGGUGACUAUGGUUACUAUCUCGACAAACCCAUCGGCAUCGGCUACGUGAACAACAAGGGAUCCGUAGUCACAAAAGACUACCUGGAAACCGGCGACUACGAAAUCGAAGUAAUGGGCAAUAAAUACAAAGCCACGUUGCACACCAGGUCUCCGUUCGACCCAUCUGGCCAAAGAAUCCUUGGCAACUAUGGAUGCGUGGAAGAGAAUUCGCAUGAUCCUCAUGCGGGCCAGAAUGAAAAGGCUGGCGGUGUAGAAUAAUUUGUAAAUCUGAUCUCAAUAAACGUUCUAGCAUAGUU